CGUGUCGAAGUCAUUUCCUCAUACCUUACAAAUCUACAACAGUAGUAGUUUGUUUAGAAAGAGUAUCUCGACAAUUGACAAUGUCUGGAAGAGGCAAAACUGGAGCCAAAGCCCGAGCCAAGGCCAAGACCCGCAGCUCCCGUGCCGGUCUGCAGUUUCCUGUUGGCCGUGUUCACCGUCUUCUCCGCAAGGGUAACUACGCUGAGAGAGUGGGCGCCGGGGCCCCUGUAUACUUGGCUGCUGUCCUCGAGUAUCUGACCGCUGAGAUCCUGGAGUUGGCUGGCAACGCCGCCAGAGACAACAAGAAGACCCGUAUCAUCCCUCGUCACCUUCAGCUGGCUGUUCGUAACGACGAGGAGCUGAACAAGCUGCUUGGCGGUGUCACCAUUGCCCAGGGCGGUGUUCUGCCCAACAUCCAGGCUGUUCUGCUGCCCAAGAAGACCGGCCAGUCUGCACCGAGCUCCGGCAAGGCUGGAAAGAAGGCCUCCUCUCAGUCUCAGGAGUAUUAACAUUAGCUUGCUGGCUAAUAACACCCAAAAGGCCCUUUUAAGGGCCACC